GCCCCCACACCUCUCUGAAGGCCAACAUCGUCUCACAGUCAUUCGAAUUCGAAUUGCACAGGAGUCCCCCCAACCACGGCCACAAAGUCCCUCGCAUCCCGGCCACGUGAACAUCAGGACCUCCGCGUCGGCAUUCUCCGUCCCCGAUAGAUACCCCCACCCCGGUCUCCGGCGCAUCUCGAAUUACCGAGUGGUAAUUUCACCGAAGCCCGCCAUGGACGCAGAGAUUCGAGCCGUGAUCCCCAACAUCGACCCCGUCGUGUCCGAGUAUUCGGCCGGCUACCUUACGCACGCUUCGACGGUAUGGUCGAGCGAUGAGGACGCUGUGGGGCCGUCGCCCCUCGUUGAGGCCUCCUCGGCCAUUACCGAGCUGCUCCUCUCCGCCUCUGGUAAUCCCGGUGCGGCCCUCGAGGACAAGAUCCGCAGCCUGGUCGACAAAUGGGUUGGCCGGUACUCGACCACCAGCGCCGAAUCUCAGGAGCGGAGGGGGCCCACCGUCCGCCGUCUCGACCAGACCAUCCAGGUCAGCGCCCAGAGGAACAUGUCGUCCACGUUGGCCGUGGCCACUGGCGGUGUCGACCUCGAGUCGGCCAAUGUCCGCAAGGUCGAGUCCAAAGUCGACAAGAAGAAGCUUGAGAAGGCCGAGCGCAAGAUCGCCGCCAAGCAGAGCAAGAAGGAGUUCAAGACGGUCGAGUACGAGGCCUCCCGUCUCCUGAACGAGCCCGAGUCGGCCCAGUCAUACGAGGAGUUCUACAUGGCUGUCAACCCCCUGCAGCUAGGCUCCGGCCAGGGUGGCAAGUCCAAGGACAUCAAGAUAGACAACGCCGAUGUCUCCAUCGGCGGCAACAGGAUCUUGGCCGACACCACCUUGACUCUUUCGUACGGACACCGUUAUGGUCUCGUCGGCCACAACGGUGUGGGUAAAUCGACACUUCUCAGAGCGCUCUCCCGGAGAGAACUCCCCAUCCCUACACACAUAUCCAUUCUUCACGUCGAGCAAGAGAUUACUGGCGACGAUACGCCCGCAUUGCAGGCUGUCCUGGACGCCGAUGUUUGGCGCAAAGUGCUCCUCAAGGAGCAAGCUCAAAUCACCCAAAGGCUGGCGGAAAUCGAGACCCAGCGGUCGUCCAUGGCCGACACCUCGGUCGAUGCGUCCAAACUUGACCAAGACCGUGAAGCCCAAGACCAAAGGCUAGGAGACAUCCAAGCCAAGCUUGCCGAGAUGGAAUCAGACAAGGCCGAGCCCCGGGCUGCCAGCAUUCUGGCAGGUCUUGGUUUCUCCCCCGAGCGCCAGCAAUUCGCAACCAAGACCUUUUCAGGUGGUUGGCGAAUGCGUCUGGCGCUGGCGCGGGCGCUCUUCUGCGAGCCUGAUCUUCUGCUACUCGAUGAACCCUCUAACAUGUUGGACGUGCCUUCCAUUACCUUCCUUUCAAACUAUCUGCAAACUUAUCCUAGCACUGUGCUUGUUGUUUCCCACGACAGAGCAUUCCUCAACGAAAUCGCCACCGACAUCAUCCACCAACACUCGAUGCGCCUCGACUACUACAGGAGCGCCAACUUUGACACCUUCUACGCGACAAGGGAGGAGCGCAAGAAGACAGCCAAGCGCGAGUACGAAAACCAGAUGGCCCAGCGGGCACAUCUGCAGGCAUUUAUCGACAAGUUCCGGUACAAUGCUGCCAAAUCUUCCGAAGCCCAGUCCCGUAUCAAGAAACUGGAACGCAUGCCCGUGUUGGAGCCGCCCGAGGUGGAAUACAGCGUGCACUUCAAGUUCCCAGAGGUAGAGAAGAUGACGCCCCCUAUUGUUCAAAUGACGGGCGUCACUUUCGGUUACUCCCCGGACAAGAUCUUGCUCAGAAAUGUCGACCUCGAUGUCCAACUCGACUCGAGAAUCGGCAUCGUUGGACCCAAUGGAGCGGGUAAGACAACGGUGCUCAAGCUUCUCAUCGGCAAAUUGACGCCCACGUCCGGCUUGAUAUCCCAAAACCCUCGACUUCGCAUCGGAUUCUUCGCGCAGCAUCACGUCGAUGCGCUGGACAUGAACGACAGCGCUGUCGGCUUCAUGGCCAAGAACUACCCUGGCCGGACUGACGAGGAGUAUCGGCGCCAGCUGGGCGCAUUCGGUCUCACGGGCAUGAUAGGGCUGCAGAAGAUGGAGCUGUUAUCAGGAGGUCAAAAGUCACGCGUGGCAUUCGCUUGUCUCGCUCUCACAAACCCGCACAUUUUAGUGCUCGACGAGCCGUCCAAUCACUUGGAUAUUGAGGCGAUGGAUGCCUUGUCGUCGGCGCUCCGAGAGUUCCAGGGAGGAGUUCUGAUGGUUUCCCACGACGUCACGAUGUUGCAGACAGUCUGCACGUCGCUGUGGGUUUGUGACAACGGGACGGUGGAGAAGUUCCCCGGCGAUGUUCAGGCCUACAAAAAGAGGAUUACGGCACAAGCCGACGCUGCGGGCGUUGUGAAGGCACAUUAGGAGCAUAUGUCAUAAGAGGAAAAAAAAAGCAUUAAUCUGCACAUGUAUCUAUCUAUCUGAAAUAGUUGAAGCUAGAGUCAAUCCAUCUUAUGAUCUCGGCGGACUGCC